AUUGCAGGUAUUCAGAAUGUCGUAGCUGUUCUGCCCAGCAGAAAGUUUCAACUUCAGACCACUAGAUCAUGGGAUUUUUUGGGUUUGUCCACCACUGUAAAACGGAUUUCCCAGGUCGAGAGUAAUCUGAUUGUCGGGGUAUUAGACAGCGGAAUAUGGCCAGGAUUAGAGAGUUUCCGAGAAGAAGGAUUAGGUCCUCCUCCAAAAAACUGGAAGGGCGCCUGCCACAACAUAACCUGCAACAACAAAAUAAUAGGAGCAAGGUCGUACUACACCGGAGACCAACCUCUUGAUGAGGAAAUAUCUGUGAUUGAUAUUGAUGGACAUGGGACACAUACAGCAUCCACUGUUGUAGGCAUGGAGGUGGAGAAUGCAAGUUUAUUCGGAUUGGCAAAAGGAACUGCCAGAGGUGGAGUUCCUUCCGCCAGGAUAGCGGCAUACAAGGUUUGCUGGACGACAAUUGUGGGAGACACAUGUCAAGAACAAGAUCUUCUGGCGGCUUUCCAGGAUGCUAUCAAAGAUGGAGUUGACAUGUUAUCAGUUUCCAUCGGUUCAAAUGUGACUAACCAAUACCCUGUUGAUGGCCUUGCAAUAGGAUCUUUUCGAGCAAUGAAGUGGGGGAUACUGACAUCUGCAGCAGCAGAGAAUUAUGGGCCACAUCCUUCUACAGUCACAAAUGGUGCACCAUGGAUUUUGACAGUUGGAGCUAGCAGCAUUGAUAGAAAGCUUCUGGCGAAGUUAGAGCUCGGCAAUGGACAAACAUUCAUGGUAAUUACUUCAACUUAUAUUUCAUGGUUGGUACUUCUCUUCCUCAAUAAAAGAUUAUGUCUGAGAGUCACGCUAUGUUUAAUGUUUAUGACAUUCAUGUCUUGGAUAUAUUAUGUAAUUUUUCCCCAGAAACAAAUUAAAGAGAGUUCUUGGUGUAUGCUUGAUAUGAACAGAGAUCCCCUUGGAAAAAUAUAUAAAAGCAUAAGCGUUCAUGAUCCAACAGCUCCAUUAGUAGCCUCCUUCUCUGGCAGAGGACCAGCUGAAGUUACUCCAGACAUUCUUAAGCCUGACAUUACUGCUCCUGGAGUUGAUAUCUUGGCAGCAUAUUCACUGAAAGCACAUCCAACACCUUUCCCAAAUGACAAACGCCAUUCACCAUUCAAUUUCGUCUCUGGAACUUCCAUGGCAUGUCCUCAUGCAACAGGAGUUGCUCUUUAUGUUAAGACCUUUCAUCCUUCAUGGUCUCCUUCUGCCAUUAAAUCUGCUUUAAUGACAACAGCAUCUCCCAUUAAUUCCAAAGAAAACCCAGAUGCUGAAUUUUCGUACGGAUCCGGCCACAUAAAUCCAUUGAAAGCACUUAAUCCAGGCCUGGUUUAUAACACAACAGAGAUGGACUAUGUAAACUUCUUGUGCAAUGAACUCCCUCCCAUACUGGUGAAGCUCAUUUCUGGAGAUGAUGUUGUCAACUGCUCAAACAGUAUCAAUGCUUAUGAGCUGAACUACCCUACAAUGUCUGCAAAUGUAGAACCAACGAAGCCUUUCACUGUGAAAUUUCCAAGGACGGUGACAAAUGUAGGACGGCAUAAUUCAGUUUACAAAGCGAUGUCCAGUCACCUUCUCGUGUCAGCGUCAGUGUUAAUCCGAAUGUCUUGGCAUUCAAUCCCUGGAGCAGGAAUUGAAAUUCCAAGUGAAAGUUUCUGGUGGGAAACUUGAAGCUGGUGAAAAAAUCUCUGCCUCACUUGUGUGGUCAGAUGGAAAGCACAGUGUUAGAAGUCCUAUAUUUAUAUAUGCUUAAUAUUUUUCAACCAGUUCUAUUAUCAUUAUGGAUGAUUAAGAAAUUGAAGUAAGAUCAUUCAUGUGGUCAGAGAAAUGCAGACUGUGAGGAGUCGUAUAAUGUUGUUUGUGAAGGUGAUAUGUGCCUAAUGUUUUUCAAGCACUUGUAUGGGUGAUUGAGAAAUUUGAUGUAAAAAAAGCUUAAUAGGUAACAUCCACUAUUAGAUGAUAA